GACACCGGUUCAGGAAGAGGGUGGUUUCUGCCGUCGUGACGCUAUGAUAUCUAUCUUCAAUUUAAUAUUUAAAUUUAAUUGGCGAAUUGUUUAACACAUUGAUGUAUAGAUGAUAGUGGACCACUAUCGCUAAAUGUGGAAUCCUUUCAGCCGCCACACUGCUCCCAAGAAGCCAGUUACUUCAAGAACUGCUGAGCGAGAGUUUGAAAAUAAAGUUAAAAAAUGUGACGAAUUAGAAGAGGUUUCAAAAAAAUUGUACAAAGGAGCUAAAAGAUGGAUGGAGGCAAACAAUGCGCUGGUGAAGAGCGAGCGGAAGAUUACCCAGGACCUGCUGCUGUCUGCGCUGUGUCAGAAUGAGGAUGGUCUGCAGCACCAGGUCACUGAGUGGGACCACGCCGUCACCAAGCUCGACAUGCACAUGCAGGAAAUGAAUACAGUAGCACAAAAGACUGUGAUAGAUCCAAUGAAAAAAUUCAACAGUAUAUUUGCCAGUGUUCAGGCAGCCAUCAAGAAGAGAGAACAGAGCUUACAGGAGUUUCAGAAGUGCAAGGCUAAAGUUGACAAAUACAGUGACCGAGACCGAACAGGGCAGAACAUCGUCAAGCUCGACUCUAGCAAGAAAAUGUUGGCUUUGGCAAAAGAGGAUUUUGAAACCCAGAAUUCGCAGUUGUCUGAAGAUCUUCCAAAACUGUACGACAGUCGUAUUGAUUACUUCCAGCCAUGUCUUGAAGCUUUAAUCAAGGCGCAGGUCACUCACAACACAGAGGCGUUCAGAGUGUAUACAGAACUGGAGUCCGAUUUAAAUGGAUUCGAUGACUUGACAAACGAUCAAUACGAAUCACGCAUCUUACAGACUCUCUCGGACAUCAAGGCUUUGUCCAUCACCGUGGACGAUUAGCUGCUUCACCUUACACACACACACACACUGCAAAUAACAUUGUGUGAGAUUUUUUCUAUCCCACAGUGAUAUUACGUAUGUGUGGAAUCGAUUUAAAGACAUUGAUUGGUUGCUUCAUUGGUUGCUGACCUGGAGACAUGAAUGUAGUAUUCUAUUUCUUACAUCUUAUAAAAAUGAGCUUAAAUUAAAGAAGUUUAAAAGUGUUUGUCAACUAAAACUUAUUUAUGUUGCUUGCACAGUCAACUUAUAUGCCAUAUGUAAUAUGCCUUAUGUAGCAAUCAACAUUGGUAGUGUUCAUUUCAGUGGAUCAUUUAGCUUUGACAUCAUGGUCAUAGUGAAGUAGUCAAUCAUGUGUUUUUAAUCUUCAAUAUGUGGCAUCUCACCAUGUGAUAUGAUAAUCUGCCAGUGUUCUAUCUCAGAUUGGUGUGUGAUGAAGCAGUACAUCGGACUGGAGCAGGUUUAACGGCUUCAACUGUCGAUGUCUAGCACUAACUAGGAGUGCAUGUUCUAGAUACAGGGGACCUUGUUUCAAUAUUUCAGCUAACCUCAAGUCAGUUCACGUUAUUUUUACCCAAGUAACCUGUUGUUUGGUUCUAUGAAUUAUAUUUGUGUCGCCCAAUCAGUUACCUUAUCAUUGGCCUUACGUUUUAAUGACAAAUUAGAAUAUCUUUUUUUUAAUAUUGCAAAUCAUGAAGGGACCAUUCAAAUAUUAUGUAACACUCGAGGGGGUGGGUUUGUAGGUCCAAACGUUAUGUAGCUUUAUAGGGGGUGGGUGUAUUUAACAGCAUUACUAAAUCACGGAAAAUAAUCUAUUACUAAAAUAUUUUAUUUUGUUUUGUUUUUCAUAAACUCUGUCAUGGCGACAAUGUUUAACGUAGGUAGUUAUAAACUAGGCGUAUACAUGCAAUUUAUAAGGAUUAUAAAUGGAGUUGAAAUGUAUAUCUGCACUUUCCCAAAUAGUAAAACAAGUACUUUAAAACUAUAUUACACCCAUCGCAUAACUUGUUUGUGAAUGGGAUGUGUGUGUGUCUCCAAAUGUUACAUAACAUUUUUUGGGGUGUAUGGUCUAAAGUUACAGGGGGAAGGGAGGGUGUCUAGUUUUGAUAAAAAUAAUAUUACUUAAUAUUUGAACGGCCCUAAUGACUUUCAGAACAUGCAACAGUUCACCAAAUAACCUAUAUGUGAUUCAAAUUAAUUGAAAGUUGGUUAACCAAAACGUGAACAGAACAAAGGUGAAAUAUUGUGGAAGAUGAUUUUGUAACUGCACUGAACACCGAUUAUUUGAUUAUUACAAUUCCAAAAAUGUCAACAUCUUAGACACUUUUAUAUGUAUAUGUGAUGUGUGCGUUUGUGUAUGUGUCUGUGCAAUGGCUGCAUGGCUGACGACAUUCAACCUUGUCCUUUAUACUUUUACAUUGAUACCAAUAUAGUUUAUUCAGAAUUUUAAAUGUAUUUAUGCACCGGCUUGGUAAAAUAUGGAUUUUGUCUUACAUUUGUAUCAUGUAUUUUAUAAUAAAAUGAAUUGUUUUCAUCACUUUAUUAUUA